AUGCGAAAAACAAAAGCCUUUUCUUUCUCCAUUGAUCACCUGUCCAUAGCGAUUUUCAUUAUCAAUGUGAAAGCGGAACCAACGGAAACAGAAUAUUCAGCUAACACUGAGAACGAACGAAAUGUCAAUGUUCAAACAAAUUCGACCAACACUGAUGUAAAGAAAGUCUCAGGAGUUGAAGAUGAAGAUGACAGUUCACUCCUAUAUGUGUUCAAAGCAGCGAUGAGGAGACCUGGUGCAGAAGUGAAAGCGGAACCAACGGAAACAGAAUAUUCAGCUAACACUGAGAACGAACGAAAUGUCAAUGUUCAAACAAAUUCGACCAACACUGCUGAACAGCGAAGACAACGAAGAAAGGAAGCAGGAGAUGUAAAGAAAGUCUCAAGAGUUGAAGUGAAAGCGGAACCAACGGAAACAGAAUAUUCAGCUAGGAGGCAGAGAUUAGAAGCCGCACGAAUUCGAAAAGAAGAGGAAGACAGGCUUGCAGAAAACAGGAGGCAGAGAUUAGAAGCCGCACGAAUUCGAAAAGAAGAGGAAGACAGGCUUGCAGAAAACAGGAGGCAGAGAUUAGAAGCCGCACGAAUUCGAAAAGAAGAGGAAGACAGGCUUGCAGAAAACACUGGUAUUCCGAUUUGA